ACAGCGGUAAGAAUUUGAACACCCCCGCAGUGAAUAUGGUGAGAACAAGCAUCAGUAUGUUGUGAAAACAGGCAGCGACGCACGGGCAUCAUAUGCAGUGGUUUCACAAUAGAAAACAAUUGAAAGUUUAUGCAUACUCAUCUUGAAACAAUGGCUUUAACCAACAGACCACAGACGGCACGUCAACCACUUGGCAGCACACAGAUUCUCAUCAACAAAGAAAAUCCUGAUGGAGCAUUACUCGCCAAAACAGAACUACAGCGGCCAGCGUCGCACAUGGGAACCAGGUCUGCUCUCGGAACAAUCGACAAUAUUGGACACAAAGUCUCAGCUAUAACGAUAGACCCUAGCAAAAAGACCAAUGCAAUCAAAAAGGAAAUCCUACAGCAACAGCAGAUUGUCACCAGACAGAAACUGUGCAAAGCUAAAGCAACCUCCUCCUUAAAAGAUCUUGUGGAAACCGAGACAAAAUCAGAACCUUCAAUAGAAGCUGUGAAAAAUGUUACAAAGACAGAUAUCCUCCUCGGACACCCCGAGUCUAUGGACAUUAGUGAGGAUAAACCUGAGGCAUUUUCUAAGGCUCUACUCAAAGUGGAAGAUAUUGACGAAAAUGACAAAGACAAUCCCCAACUUGUCAGUGAAUAUGUCAACGAUAUUUAUCAGUAUAUGAAAGAAUUAGAGAAAAAGUAUCCAGUGAAAUCAAAAUUCCUAGAAGGAUAUGAAAUAACUGGAAAAAUGCGAGCUAUUUUGAUUGACUGGUUGUGCCAAGUUCAUCACAGAUUUCACCUGCUACAAGAAACUCUCUACCUAACUGUUUCGAUCAUUGAUCGUUUUCUUCAGAUGUACCCAGUGCCUCGUAACAAGCUCCAGUUGGUCGGGGUGACAGCCAUGCUUAUUGCUUCCAAAUAUGAAGAAAUGUAUGCUCCAGAGGUUGCUGACUUUGUGUACAUCACAGACAAUGCAUACCAGAAAAAAGACAUCAGGGAAAUGGAAGCCCUGAUCCUCAGAACACUGGACUUUGGCAUGGGAAAACCUCUGUGUUUACACUUCCUCAGACGCAACUCAAAAGCUGGAGGGGUUGAUGCCAGCAAGCACACAAUGGCCAAGUAUUUGAUGGAACUGACAAUCAUCGAGUACGAUAUGGUGCAAUAUUACCCCUCAGAAAUAGCAGCUGCUGCCCUUUGUCUUUCAAUGAAGUUAUUAGACGGAACAAAAUGGACGGACACAUUAGAGCACUACAGUUCCUACUCGGAGGAGGACUUGUCCCCGCUAAUGAAAAAGUUGUGUAGUCUAGUCAUCAAAGCAGAGACGUACAAAUUGACAGCUGUUCGAACAAAAUAUGCCUCUUCAAAGUUUAUGAAAAUCAGCUCUUGUUCGGAACUGAAAGGACAGGUGGUGAAAGAACUGGCAUCUCAGAAUGAUCUAUGAACAAGUCGUAGAGGUUUUAAUCAACAGGCUGUGAUUUGUGUGUUGUCAUGGUGAUUGAAGUGGAACUGUUGUGGAGCAGUGGAUGAAAUCUGUGUGUGAUCCCCUCAGUGGUGGAUAAAUCUAAAUGUGUCAUUAUGUGUCACUCCAUAUGGAGUGCUGUGUAUGCGAAUAUCAUUGUUCAUAUCAUAUCAGGAUCUUUUAUCUGAAACCCCUUUUUAUAUCAGAAGUUUUUUUUAUUUUUUGAGACCCAUUUCUUUUUAUCAUUAUCUUGAAGCAUACAAGUUCAGUUGAUACUUGGAAACAUUUUUUUCAUUUCAACUUUUGAUUUCUGCAUUUGAAGUUUUCGCUGUAAAAAGAUCUCUGUACUUCAUCAUGUUAGACUGUUCCAUAGACUGUAACCAUUCCUCCAUUAAUUUAUUAAGAGAGCAUGAAUGAAUGAUGUAUGAAAGAAUAGUUAACUCAGAAAUCAUGAUAUUAUUGUUUACAAAACAAGGGAUAACAUUUAUUUUUCACAUGACUUCAUUCUUUUCUUUUCUUUUUAUUUUACACCUGACCGAGUUUCCCAUUCCCUUGUUUUGUCAACAGAAAAAUGCAAAAAAAAAAAAAAAGUAACUGUAGGUGCUGAAUUGUUAAAUCAUGAUAAAAUCUGUUGGAUUAUUUUUAUUCAGUUUUUCAAUUAAGAUAGAUAAUGCUAGAUUUUCUGUACCAAAAUCUGAAAAAUUGGUGAAAAUUAAAUUUUAGGAAUAAAUUUUAAGGCUUUACAAAAUUUUUGUGUAUAUUUAAAGGACACUUGUUGAAUAUUUUAUACUUUUGUUCACUACCUAUACUACUACUAAACUAACAUUGUUAAUUGUUAAAAUCAUUGUCCAAUGCAGCCAUUUGCAUCAGAUAAAGAUAUUCAGCAUGUGUCCUUUAAGUAUAUAUUUGUUUUUACAUGACCUAUUUGAUAAUUUUUACUUUUAUCCAUGUAUUUUGUAGAUAUGAAAUAAAGGAAAUAAAAUUA